AACAGGAAUUGAGAGGAGUCACUUGCCCACAUGAUGCCGCCAUUUGAGAAACCACAACACCCCAAGUCCUUCAAGCAGAGAAAAAGCUUUGGUGAUUAAUUUUCUUUAAUGAUUUGCAUGUAGUAAGCUAUGACAUGUGUUGCUUUAUAAUCUCACCCACGUUUUCCAUCCCACUCAGCCACGAGAAAACAGGAGGUCGCGGGGAUCCGAACAAAGUUUCCAACUAAAAUUCCGGUAAGUUCGCUUAUUUCUAAAACCUUAUUCAACCCUGAAGUUCCAUUUAAUUUGCACCUUCUAAAAGUAACCCCCUCCCCCCCAGGUUAUAAUUGAAAGGUAUCAACGGGAGAAGUACUUGCCGCCUCUUGAUAAAACGAAGUUCCUGGUCCCCCAAGAACUUUCCAUGACUCAGUUUGUCACCAUUAUAAGGUGAGUCUCUUUAGAGAAACGUUUGGCUGUGAAUGUGUUUAUUUAACUUGGUAAACUUAGAUUAACAUGACUGAAAUUGACCUAAAUCAUGUUUUUGGUUGCGAGAACUGGUGAGUAAUUUCAAACUUGGUAAUCACGUGAUAUGAAUCAGCCACGAGUGCCGGGCGCGACUGUCACUUGUCAUAAAUUACUCAUAAUGACUUAAGUUUGCAGGACAAUUUCAACAUUUGAUUACGUCUUGUCAAUACUUGCUGCACUUUCUCGUUUCAGAAAUCGUAUGUCUCUGAUGCAGAGUCAAGCGUUCUACCUGCUCAUCAAUAAUAGUGGCCUGGCCAGCAUGUCUCUUACCAUGGCACAAGUCUACAAGGACCACAAAGAUGACGAUGGCUUUCUCUACAUGACAUAUGCUUCUCAAGAAAUGUUUGGUAAUUGUGUUGAGAUCCGCGAGAAGUCAUUGCCAAUUGCUGGAAAUGUCUGAGAAGACCUAAAUUGCAGGAUUGGUUAAUGUGAGGCCUCAGCUUUUGGCAGGCCCAAUAACUGAACUUCGUGUAUAGCUAUAAAGUGCGAUUUAUAUAUAAG